UUAAGGAGGCCGCAGGACGCCAAAGAGAACGGCAGGCAAGAACGCUUACUCUUCCUCCGCUUACUGGUCGUCGUUUCUCCUGUCUCCAAAAGCGGGGAGAGAAGGAGCUCUUCUAAUCCCUCGCCCGAGCCUCAUUCUUUCCCUUUUUUACCCGCCGAUCUCCACCCUAGGCGCCGCAAUCCCGCCCCAGCCCUCCUCCCCACUCGUCGCGGUGGAGGAAUCCCUCCCGAUCGAGAUGCCACGGAGCGUGCGAGGACUGGAGCCUUGAGCAUCUGAAAGUUUAGCUGGAUUUGAGAUGGUGGAAGGCGCGAAAUUCACCGGACUCAUGAUGGGUGGUGGCGGUGGAAACGAUAAGGGGAACAACUUCUAUGACAUGGCGUAUUACCGGAAGCUCGGGGAGGACUCCAACAUGUCCAUAGACAGUGUAAAUAGCCUACAGACUACCAAUGGUGGAGGAUCCAUUGCCAUGUCGGUGGACAACAGCAGUGUGGGGUCGAGUGACUCUCAUACUGGCAUCCUCAACCAUCCUGGUCUCCGCCCCAUCCCCUUGGCCAAUUAUUCUGUUAAUUACAGCAGAUGCCCAGGCAAGGUGUUUCAUGCACUUAGUGACGAUGCAUUGGCCAAGGCAUUGAUGGAUCCCCAUUCCCUGACGGAGACACUCAAGGAUUAUGAGGAGUGGACCAUCGAUCUGGGGAAGCUCAACAUGGGAGUGCCUUUUGCUCAGGGGGCUUUUGGAAAGCUUUACAAGGGCACUUACAAUGGAGAAGAUGUAGCAAUUAAGCUGUUGGAGAGGCCCGAGAAUGACCGGGAGAGAGAGAGGUUGAUGGAGCAGCAGUUCGUGCAGGAGGUCAUGAUGCUCGCAAACCUGAGGCAUCCAAAUGUGGUUAGGUUUAUAGGUGCAUGCAGGAAGCCGAUGGUUUGGUGCAUCGUGACCGAGUAUGCAAAGGGUGGCUCAGUUCGGCAGUUCUUGAUGAAGAGGCAGAACAGAUCAGUGCCACUGAGGCUGGCUGUCAAACAAGCACUGGAUGUUGCUAGGGGAAUGGCCUAUGUGCAUGGACUAGGCUUUAUUCACAGGGAUCUUAAGUCAGACAACCUUCUCAUUUUUACAGACAAAUCCAUCAAGAUUGCUGACUUUGGAGUGGCUCGCAUUGAGGUGCAAACUGAGGGAAUGACUCCAGAGACUGGAACUUACCGUUGGAUGGCUCCGGCUGGUAACGGUCAGAUUGGAUUCUGGUUGGGCAACCUCUACUGUCAAGGCUCAACUGGUUUGCUCACUAAUAGACCACACAUCUGUGAUCAACUCAUUUGUGUGUUACUCAAGUAAGGUGUAGAUGACAGGGGAAAGGAUGAAGAGAGGAGAGAAGGCAAACAAACAAUGGCGAGCUACUACAAUUUGACAAGCAACAAGCUUCGGCAAGGUGGCAGUGUAGUGGAGUGAUUUGUGAUGGUGGGGUGCCAUGGGGGUCAUGGAAGUAGAACUGUCUAGACGAGAUGAGGAAGUAAUUGAGGAGUUUAGUGAGGGGAGAAGGCAACAAAAAGGGGAAAAAAAAGGAAAAGGAGUGGGAAACAGAGAAGUGAGGAGAGUAGGAUGAGGAAAAGAGGAUAGGAGAGUAAAGAAGGGAGAUGAGAAAAAACUUGCUCCCAAUGUUGCUCAAUGGUUGACAUAUGAAAACCUCGGUUCACUUCAUUUUUUAUGUAAUCAAUUUUCAUAUAAUAUAGACUAUAAAACUUAGAUAAAAUCACCAUCAUCUGGGAACUUAUAAUUUGUUGCUGAUGCAUCCAGUAAGAAAAAUAACGGGGUCUCUAAAUAAUAGUUCAGUCUACUAAAUCAAUUAUUUAGGUGUCAUCUGCUGUUGGUUUGCAUGGAUAAUGUAUUUUAUUCUGCUGGUUUGUGCCAACAGGAAAUGGGUAUCCCUGUAUUAUGUGUGUCUUGAUGUGGAUCCAUAUUGUGUUGUGCUAAAACAUGCUUCUCUAGCCCAUAGGGGUGCAAACCAAUAUUGGCAUGCAUGGACCCAUUUUGUUUGCUGGGAGCCUUAGCAAGUCAUUGAGAAUGUGACCAACACCGCUAGACAUGGCAAUAUACAUACCAUUUCCGACCUAUAACUGGCAUAGACAUGGCAUGCUGUUCUUUAAUUCUGCCAAUCUGUACCAUAUGGUAUGCCAUGUUAUGCGGAACUAUCGAUUUAGCCUAAAGUACUUGUGCUUGACACUUAGACAUGCAUAUUAAUAUGACUAUUUAACAUGAUGGUCAUUUAGGUGAAACCUAAAGUGGUUCUAGCAUGCCAGCAUGGCUCCUCUCUUCUCGAGAAUUUGUAGAUGUCUUAUCAUUGCAGGGACAACUAUGUUCUGGUGCAGGUUUAGGUGUGAUCUCAAUGGGAAAAUGGAGGGAUUUCACUGCUUGAUCUUUCAUUUUCUUCUUCUUCUCUCUCUCUGCUUUUCUUAGAGGUUUGGAGAAAUCAGCAAACUCCAUAAGAAGAAAUUCUUAGCAAUCAAAAGGAUUAUUUGCUUAGACAUGUACUUACAACCCAAUACAUGAACUCGUGUCCAUGUACUGUAGAUGGUAUGUAUCAUAUUGGCUAAAUAAGGGCAUGGUAUGGUGGUAUAUUGUUAUGCCGUAUGCACAUGGGUUCAUAUUUGUCCUUGCUGAUUGGAACAAAUUGAUACUGGCUGAUCACAACCCUAUUUUCUCAAAUUGUCUUCUAGCCUAUGAUUUGCUUGCAUGGUAUACUACCAUAUUUUUAUGUGCUAGCACAUAAAAGUAGAGAGAGGGAGAAUGUAAAGAAGUAGAAGAUGUGAAAGAAGUAAGAUAUAAAACAAGUUCCUUGUUGUUUCGCUGGAUAAUUUUAUGACUUUCACUGGGUUCAUUUUGGUCGUUGCUGAUUGACACAGAUCACUACCACCAGUUGUAAUGAUAGUUUGCCAUUAGUGGGGAAACCUAUGUAGGAAACAAUGCAGAUGCAAUAAAUGGGAAACUAUGGUUAAGAAAUAUCUUAAUGCUGGAAUGGAACAUGAUAGUAAAGAAAGCAAAAAUAUUGUGCAAAAAACAUAUUAAAAAAAGCAUAAAAACCAAUGGAAAACAAUUUGGUAAAAGUGGUUACCACUAAUUUCUCAAAUUGGAAUCAAUUUGACAACUAGCUACAAAUUAAUUUGUGAAAAAAAAAAUCUGAUUUUGCUUAUAUUUGUUUUCCUCGAAGCAAGUAAAAUUGGUGCUUAUCGCAAUGGUUUUAUCAUAAAUAUCAAGGAGAAUCGUUGAUUUAGAUUUUUCCUCCUUCCCUUCCACUCCUCUCCCUCCUCCCUGUCAUACUCUUUUUUUUAUAACUUAUCCAUUGGGAACUCAAUUUUGUAAAGUUUUCUUUCUUUCCGAAUUCAGGUUGCUGAGCAAGUUUCCUAAAAGCAUCGAAUUGGUUUCACAAUUUAGUUUCCUGGGAAAGUCCUAAUUGAGUGAGAAAUGGGUUCGCUGGGAACAAUGAUUGUAACCCUACAGUUUGAAAUGAUCUCGUCACAUGUGCUUGUUAUGGCAUGAUAUGGUAUCUUAUGGUUAUGUACUGGCAUAUGGAAAGCAGUAAAUGAAGAAAGUAAAAGGAGCAAGCAAAACAAGUUCACAGGAAGAUGCAACAAAUUCCUUCUUGUCAUUUGGCUCGAUAAUAUUGUGACUUAAACCCUAAGACAUUUUUGUUUAUAAAGGAUGACUUUUUAAGCACUUGUCACCUCUUAGAGCUUUUACUCCGACACUUGCAGUGAUUAGAACUUUCCCAAUCAAGAUUAGAUGACAACUAUGGUCUUUUUCAUCAAAGCUCUUCUUCCCUCAAGAUGCAUUUGACGAGAUGAAUGCUCAUGAAUAUCUUGGGCAAUCUUCUAACUUCUAAGCACAUCCUUAAAGGAUAACAUGUUCGUAAGGAUAGCUUUAAGUGAGCAAAUCUAAUAUCAUUUUGCUACCUCCCUUAUCUUUAUCGACUCGCUGCAUUCUGUCUUUUUUAUCCCAAUCAAUUUUGGUGUGGCCCUUCAUCCAAGAUGCACUUCUUUGAGCCUCCUAUUCACUACUUCAAUCUCAUGUUCUUUGAUCUUCCCAUUAACUAGUUGCAUAUAGUAGAUCUUGUUUCCUUGUUGGUAUGAUCUAGUUUGCUACUUUAUAUACCUCAAGCUAACUACCUAUUUUGUCCCAGAUCAUGUUCCCAUGCAUGGGUUAGUCCAAUCUUGUAACCUUUUGACUUACUUAUCUUAGAUCAUAUACGAGAACCAAAUUCUUGGGGAUAAAUGCUAUGUCAUGUGUUUGCACUAAAUUAAGUUUCUUGAUAACAUAGAGAAAUAAGAGAAAGGUGACUUGUUAGGGGUUGUAUUUAACUUAUCCGUACUUUCUGAUAUAAAUUCUAAAUGACAGAAACUAUACAACAGUAUGCUCUAGAAUUACAAUCCAGAACCAUGAUGACUUGCAAUGCACUUCUCUAAUACUGUUUUUGCCACACUAUAGUUGCAAUGGAAGUGCAAUUUAUAUUUUAUGGGUACCACUAGGAAUGGAUUUCAAUUUGACUUUGGCUUUUGAUUUGUGCCUUCGAGACACAAACAGUUCCCUAUAUCAAACCUACUCGUAUUCCCCCUUCCAAAAGGUUAGGGAAAUUUCAAAGAAUUACUUCCUAGUUGCAUGGACUUAAAACUAUGCCGAUUAGGAUAGGUCUUCCUGCAGAACAUUUGGAACUUGGUUUCACAGCAUGAGCUUCUCUUGUCAAAAGUUCAGCUACUAGUUGCUAGAGGGUUGGAGAAUUCCAUCUUACAUAUGUCACGAAUUUUAAGGCGCCACAUAAGGAAACUCAAUCAAUAUGUUUUGCAUCUCUAUGGAAAAGGUUUGUUUAUCAAUAAAUAUUUUACAUACAUAACCUAAUGUCCACUUGGAACAAAUAAAACACAAAAUCGAAACAAUGGCAGCUGAUAAUCAGUUUAUUCAUUUCAUGUAAACAAUAAGCCUUAUCCCAUGUAAUCUUCAUUUUCCUACUCCAUUGUUGCUCUAUUUUUCCAUCCAAAUGAUAUUUGGGGAGUAUCCUAUUUCCUGGACGUUAUCUUCUUGGAUUGUCAUAUAUAUAUAUAUAUAUUUAUAUAUAUAUAUCCACUUAAAAUUUUCUUUUUGAAGUUACAUUGUGGUUGUGAAAAAAAAAAGAAGUGGACAUUGAUAAUUGUUUUAAAUGUUUGUGCUGAAUUUUAACAGACCCUUUUUUUGCAAUCAUUAUUGCUACAUGACGGUUUGCUAAAUGGGCUUUCAGUAAUUAACCUCAGUUGAAUCUUCAAUCCAUCUUGCGAGCAUUUGAUGGUCCAGCUAAGCUGUUAGAAAGAGAGGUCUGCGAGUAGUUAUCUUCCAAUAUAUUGUCAUUGUUCUGAUCAUUAAGAUCUUAAGAAAGACCACCAUACCAGAGAGCUUUACUGUCUGCUUCAUUGCUGGUGCUAGUCCACUGAUCUUGAUACUGCAAAUUAUUCCUGUUCCCUAAUUUUAAGCUUAGGGUCUCAUAAAAAAAUGUUUUAAUUACAACACAAUCUUCCUGGGAGAGGUCUGUGAUGUGAGGCACUAAAGAUUUCCAUUUUGGAUAUGGCAUAAAUGAUCUGAUAUAAGUAUGCAAUUCAUAAUUUAAAUAUUAACUAAGCUUGACAACCAUCCAUGCUAUAGUUUUUUUUUCUUGGUUUCCGAUUGGCUUUACACAAUUAAGAGAUCCUACACAUUUGAUGAUCCCUCAUUUUUUUCACAUUCCAAAUUUCCAGAUUGAUGCCCAUCAUCUAGCCUUUUCUUGAGGCGUUCAACCAGUCAUCCAUCAUUUGUGAUAUCCUACUGAAGCUAUUUGCUCAUUAUGGCUGAAGCCUGUUUUCAUUGUUAUUUAUCAAUUUUUACUCAUUUGUGUAUCUAAUGAUUUUUAGAGAAAUGAGAGCACCUAGUUAAUGAAGAUCUGAGGUCCUACCAAUAAGAGACAUUUAACUCUGCAUCAAAGGUCUAGAAAGCUAAGGGAAAGAUGAAAACUAGCAGACAAAGAUUGUGCAGAAACAUAUAAGUAAUCUUGUGGCAACACUGGAAGCUUUAUUAAUACGAAUAUUUAGUAAAAUAAGAAUUCCUUGUUUGUGAGAAAGGGAGGAAGACCGACCCAAACUGUAAUUACUUAGGUUAAGACUUUCAGGGGUGCACCAAUUCGAACCCUAAACCUCGUCUUGCUAAGCAGAGGAGUGUGACCUCUGGGGCAUUCCCUAGUUCAUGUAAAAUUAUGGAUUCUUGAAAUUCCAAUUUCAGAUAAUUGGGACAAGGCCAGAUGGUUUUGUUUAUUUUGAUGGGAAUAAUGGUUUUUUUCCCUCUAACUGAUAAGUGGCAUAAUAUGUAUAAACGAGCACAAGUAUGAUCAAAUUGUAGGUAUUGUGCAUCUCUUAUUCAUGGAUGGUCUAUGAUGUAAUGAUCUGGUGGGCUGGAUAAAGGCACUUGAAUUAUGUCUUGCAUUUCUUAAGGCUUAAAGGGGGAUUGAGGUUUUAUAUAAGUUAAAAUACAGGGAAGAUAAUUGCACAGACCCUUGCAACUUCCUAGCUGUUUGAUUGCACAUGUCUAUCAUCUGCUAUCUGAGGCAUUUGUGGGAAAAAGCAAUAUCAUCUCAUUAAUGCCAUUAAUAUUACAGAAAAAAGAAGAGUUAAUAGCUAGGUUAAGGUUUGUGUUUGGUUGAAAUCAGUAAAUACCCAUAAUAUUUUCAUAAAAUAUUUCACCAAUAAACAAGGCAUUUUUUGAAAGGUUUAAGAACAUAUUCAUUUAUAGUAAAAACUUGGACAUAGAUUUUUUUUUUCUUUUUUACUGUCCCAAAGAAGUUAUAGAAAAACAUACUUGCAUACAUUCAAUGUAAACACAAUGAACCUAAUAUUCAUGGCAGCAUGAAGUGCCUACAAGAAAGGAUCUUUCAUUAGGUUUUAGAAGAAUAAGAGUAUCUACUUAGGAGUUCGUGAAAUUUAAAUGGGUUUUAUAGAGAAGAGAAUGUAGAUACAUGGUGCACACUGGAUCAUUUUUAUUAGGAAACCUACAAAAUGAUAUAAUUGUGAAAUGAAUUAAAUGGUAACCAUUCAUUGAACUUUGAUAGGAUUUACAGGUAGGGAGACAGGAGAAGUAAUUCUGCCAAAUUCUAGUAUUGCUUGUUCAACUUGCAGUAUUAAAGAUUUUUCUUAUAAUUAUGUGGGCCCCAAGGGUGCCAAGUGGUUGAGUUGCUAAAGCCAUUGGGUGUUAUAUCCUAAUGACCUGGGUUUGAUCCCACCACCACCCUGAUUUUGGCUUGGUUUCCUUCCAUCCUAGUCUCAAAAAAAAAAAAA